UGCUUGUGUGAGUAAGAGAGGUAACGGGACAGAGAGAGAGCGAGAAAGAGAGAGAGAGAGAGAGAAAGAGAGUGAGGCAGCGUAAUAUUCUGUCAGAGGAGCACGAUCCAGGCCUUGCUCACCCACCCUCUCUGGAGCAUCCAAGAGUCCCAGCAUCCCACCUGCCACCGGCGGCCCUGCCUCGUCCUAUCAGAUCGCGGCGCCGCGGCGAGAGGAGCACGCGACCGCGUUCCUGGCCGCUUAUUUGUCCUCCGCCUGAGCACCGGUCAGCCACGCUCGACACUCUCUCAUCCGCCGCCGCCUGACCUGACCCGCCACUGACACACGAUGCUCCAGCGUUUAGGGGCUCUGAGGGGUGGCCUGGGGGUGCUGGGCUGGAAGCGUGGCUACCUCUCCUUCCGCUCCUCCCACACCACCAACCAGAAUGUGGAGUACAAGCCCAUCAAGAAGGUCAUGGUGGCCAACAGAGGUGAGAUCGCGGUGCGCGUGUUCCGCGCCUGCACCGAGCUGGGCAUCCGCACCGUGGCCAUCUACUCAGAGCAGGACCGCGGCCAGGUGCACCGGCAGAAGGCCGACGAGUCCUACCUGAUCGGCAAGGGCCUGCCCCCCGUGGCGGCUUACCUCCACAUCCCGGACAUCAUCAAAGUAGCCAAGGAGAACAACAUUGAUGCCAUCCACCCUGGCUAUGGCUUCCUGUCGGAGCGAUCUGACUUUGCCCAGGCGUGUGCCGAUGCCGGGGUUCGUUUCAUCGGCCCCUCCCCAGAGGUGGUGCGCCAGAUGGGGGAUAAGGUGGAGGCUCGCGCCUUGGCCAUCAAAGCCGGUGUGCCUGUGGUUCCCGGUACCGAUGCCCCCAUCACCUCAUUUAAGGAGGCAGAGGAGUUUGCCAAGACCUACGGCUUCCCCAUCAUCUUUAAAGCAGCAUACGGAGGAGGGGGCCGCGGCAUGCGAGUGGUCAAGGAGUACGAGGAGCUGGAGGAGAACUACAACAGAGCCUUCUCCGAGGCCCUGGCAGCUUUCGGCAACGGCUCGCUGUUCGUGGAGAAGUUCAUUGAGAAGCCGAGGCACAUCGAGGUGCAGAUUCUAGGUGAUAAGUAUGGGAAUGUGAUCCACCUGUAUGAGAGGGACUGCUCCAUCCAGAGACGCCAUCAGAAGGUGGUGGAGAUCGCCCCCGCCGCCCAGCUGGACCCACAGCUCAGGGACAGACUGACCGCCGACUCAGUCACCCUGGCCAGACAGGUGGGCUACGAGAAUGCUGGCACCGUUGAGUUCCUAUUGGACAAGCACGGGAAGCACUACUUCAUCGAAGUCAACUCCCGCCUUCAGGUGGAGCAUACCGUCACCGAGGAGAUCACUGAUGUGGACCUGGUGCAUGCUCAGAUCCGUGUGUGUGAGGGCCGUAGUCUGCCAGAGCUGGGCCUGAGGCAGGACAAGAUCCGCAUCAACGGCUGUGCCAUCCAGUGUCGCGUUACCACUGAAGAUCCCGCCCGUGGCUUCCAACCUGACACCGGACGUCUGGAGGUGUUCCGGAGUGGAGAGGGGAUGGGCAUCCGUCUGGACAGCGCCUCGGCCUUCCAGGGCGCCGUGGUGUCGCCGCACUACGACUCGCUGCUGGUCAAGGUCAUCUCCAGUGGCAAGGACCUGCCCACCGCUGCCGCCAAGAUGCACCGGGCCCUCGUGGAGUUCCGCAUCAGAGGGGUCAAGGGGAGCCCCCCAAGGGCCUGCGUGAUGUGCUGCUGAAGGAGGGUCCUGAGGGUUUUGCGCGGGCAGUGCGCGGCCACCCCGGCCUGCUGCUGAUGGACACCACCUUCCGCGACGCCCACCAGUCCCUGCUGGCCACACGCGUGCGCACGCACGACCUCAAGAAGAUCGCGCCGUUCGUGGCGCACAACUUCAGCAACCUCUACAGCCUGGAGAACUGGGGAGGUGCCACGUUCGAUGUGGCCAUGCGUUUCCUGUACGAGUGUCCUUGGCGGCGUCUGCAGGAGUUGAGGGCGCUCAUCCCUAACGUGCCCUUCCAGAUGCUGCUCCGCGGAGCCAACGCCGUGGGCUACACCAACUACCCCGACAACGCUGUCUUCAAGUUCUGCGAGGUCGCCAAGGAGAACGGCAUGGACAUCUUCCGCGUCUUCGACUCGCUCAACUACCUUCCCAACAUGCUCCUGGGCAUGGAGGCGGCGGGCUCGGCGGGCGGCGUGGUGGAGGCGGCCAUCUCGUACACGGGCGACGUGUCCGACCCCAUGCGCCAGAAGUACUCGCUGGACUACUACCUGGGGCUGGCCGAGGAGCUGGUCAAAGCCGGCACGCACGUACUCUCCAUCAAGGACAUGGCGGGGCUCUUGAAGCCCGAGUCUAGCCGGGUGCUGAUUGGCGCGCUGCGCGACCGCUUCCCCGAGGUGCCCAUCCACGUGCACACCCACGACACGGCGGGCGCGGGCGUGGCGGCCAUGCUGGCGUGCGCCGAGGCCGGCGCGGACGUGGUGGAUGUCGCUGUGGACUCCAUGUCCGGCAUGACCUCCCAGCCCAGCAUGGGCGCCAUGGUGGCCUGUACCAACGGCACCAAGCUCCACACGGGCAUCUCCAUGGACACGGUCUUCGACUACAGCGAGUACUGGGAGGUGGCCCGGGGCCUGUACGCGCCGUUCGACUGCACGGCCACCAUGAAGUCCGGCAACGCCGACGUCUACGAGAACGAGAUCCCGGGCGGCCAGUACACCAACCUGCACUUCCAGGCGCACAGCAUGGGCCUGGGCAACAAGUUCAAGGAGGUGAAGAAGGCCUACGCCGAGGCCAACCGGCUAUUAGGAGACAUCAUCAAGGUGACGCCGUCCUCCAAGAUCGUGGGCGACCUGGCCCAGUUCAUGGUGCAGAACUCGCUGACGCGGGCGGAGGUGGAGGAGCGGGCCGACGAGCUCUCCUUCCCGUUAUCCGUGGUGGAGUACCUCCAGGGCUUCAUCGGCAUCCCCCACGGAGGCUUCCCCGAGCCGCUCAGGUCAAAGGUGCUGAAGAAUCUGCCCCGCAUUGAGGGACGCCCAGGCGCCACCCUGCCCCCUCUGGACUUUGAGGCCCUGGAGGCCAAGCUGAAGUCCACGUGGGGUGAGGAGAUCACGCCGGAGGACGUCAUGUCCGCGGCCAUGUACCCCAAGGUCUUCCAGGAGUACAAGGAGUUCACGGCCCAGUACGGCCCCGUCGAGUGCCUCAACACACGCCUCUUCCUGGACGGACCCAAAAUCGCUCAAGAGAUCGAGGUGGAGCUGGAGAGGGGCAAGACCCUUCACAUCAAAGCCCUCGCGCUGGGCGACCUCAACAAGAUCGGCCAGAGGGGCGUGUUCUUCGAGCUCAAUGGACAGCUCCGCACCGUCCUGGUCAAGGACACCUUGGCCAUGAAGGAGAUGCACUUCCACCCCAAGGCGCUGAAGGACGUGCCUGGCCAGGUGGGGGCGCCGAUGCCCGGCAAGGUGGUGGAGGUGAAGGUGAAGGAGGGCCAGAAGGUGGAGAAGGGCCAGCCCCUGUGCGUGCUCAGCGCCAUGAAGAUGGAGACGGUGGUCAACUCGCCCGUGGCCGGCACCAUCGUCAAGCUACACGUCAACUCCGACAGCACGCUGGAGCCCAACGACCUCAUCAUGGAGAUCCACGAGGCCUAGGAUGGACAUUGUGGGGGUGAUAAGGGCGCUUGGGGGGCGGAGGGGG